UGAGCGCGAGGACGUCCCACAGCGGGGGGUCUGCUUUGCUCCUAAGCUUCCGAAUCGCCCUUUUCUCACCUAAUGAGCGCACUCACAAGUCCCCUGAUAACACUGGAGACAAAGGGCUGUGUAAUUGAGCGGGGGUGGUGGCGUGGAAAGACAUGAAAUGCUGGUGUUAAAUAAGCCAAGCAGAGCCUACCUGAGCCUGCUAGCAGAGGUCAGAGUUUGGGCUAAAAGACGAUAAAGGUGGAUUUUACGCGCCAGACUUUUUUUUACGCACAGCAGGACGAGGUUGUUAAAGUUCUCCUGAUUGUGUUUCUGGGUCGCUGGAUCAUUCCAUGUCCGAUACCCUGCAGACACACAGCCGGUAUGUGUGUGUGACCUGAGGCCCCGGUGUUUCCCUUCUCAGAUGUUGGGUAGAAAAUGGAGUGUGUGCCUUUAAGGCGCCCGACUGCCUGUCGCUUUCUGGAGCGGAGAGACUGACGCCCUCUGGACACAGUGGACACUUGAGCGGCGGCAGAACACCAUCCUGGAGAAGUUCAAAGAGAAAACAGACACACUCCGUCUUCAAAAGAGAAGCCAGGAACUUUAACAAAAAAAACAGCGGUGUGGUGUUUUCAGUUGCCGUGCUGCUGGUGAGCCGUCAGGAUGAGGCCAGGUCAGCUGAUCCUCCCUGCCACCGCCGCUCUCCUCUUCCUCCUCUCGGGCCUGACCGUGACCUCCGGCUGCAACAAGGCCCUCUGCGCCAGCGACGUCAGCAAGUGUCUCAUCCAGGAGCUGUGUCAGUGUCGUCCGUCUGACGGGAACUGCUCGUGCUGUAAAGAGUGCAUGCUGUGUCUGGGGAACCUUUGGGAAGAGUGCUGCGACUGCGUGGGGAUGUGUAACCCCAAGAACUACAGCGACUCUCCAGCCACGUCGAAGAGCACCGUGGAGGAGCUGCAUCGUCCAAUCCCCUCGCUGUUCCGCGCCCUCACGGAGGGCGAAGCGCCGAUCAACAUGAUGGUGGUCUCCUUCCCCGUUGCAGAGGAGCUCUCCCACCACGAGAACCUGGUGUCCUUCCUGGAGACGCUGGACAGCACGCACCAGAACGUCUCUGUGCCUGGAAACAGCAUCCACGCCAGCUACGACAAUCAAGAUGGCAUGUGCACUGUGGUCUACUUUGACGACUGUGUGUCUAUUCGUCAGUGUAAACUGUACUGUGAGUCAAUGGGAGGAUCCAAGUACCGCUGGUUUCACAAUGCCUGCUGCCAGUGCAUUGGACCUGAGUGUGUGGACUACGGCAGCAAGGCCGUGAAGUGCAUGAACUGUCUCUUCUGAAGUGCGGGCACAUAUUGGUACCUAAUGUCUGGGCCUAACCAGAGGACUGAGGGCUCUGAGAGGAAACUAUGACUGUUAUGUGUUAGCAUUCCUCACUUACCUUGUAAAAUACCCCCUCCUUACCCCGCCUCCUACCCCUGCAAAUUGUUUUUAUUCUGCUGUUUGUUUCACUGUAUAUUUUUAGAUAUGUUUUCAAUAGUGUUUUUUACUAGAGGUGUAUAUGAAUAAUGUAUUUUUACAAUUAUGGUUGGCUAAAUCUUUGUCUUGUUGCCAAAUAAAGAAAAGUUUGGUGACAUGGA